AUGGAUAUAUGUAAAGAAUUUUUGGGGAUUGAAAAGAAAAAAGGAGGAAAAAAGCCUUCUGAAAAUCGAGUUACAAAUCCGCCUUGUCCGCCGUGUUCUUCAUCUUUUCUUAUUUUUCCAAAUCUAUUUAUUCCUCUCAACUACUUCCAACUAAAAAGUAUUUACCCGGCGGGUUGGGCACCACGACGAGUGAUUUAUGGCGCGAGCGGUGCGAAGAAGAUGGUGGCUGGGAAUAGAAAAUGGAAGUGAAGAAGGAAUGUGGACAGUUAAAAAGUAAGGGGGGAUGAAGAGAAAAAUGGAAGAAGAGGAAGAAGAAUAGAUAAAAAUAUUUUUUUGGAGGGGGCGUGCUGCGAGAAAAGUUUUUAAGGCAAAUAUUGGACAGCAAACAGGGCAAAAGCAAAAAUUGAGGCUAUGCCGGGGGAGAGAAUGAACGAUUUAUGACUUUGCCUGUAGGAGAAGGGCGGCAAUUCAUUGAUGAAAGCUGAUAAUGGAAGAAGUUUUCUAGACAUGGGAAAACUUUCUUUUUUUAAAUUUAUUUUUAUCUCGGCAAUAAGCCAAUUAUUUAUAUCUAAAAGAGACGUUAUUUUCUAGACUUCUCUUUACCUUCUUUUUCCUCAUUAUUUUCCCAAAUUUUUUUAUAACUUUUUAGCACUUUUUAUCUUCUAAAAAGACCAUAAUAAAUUUUAUUUUCUUUUAAUUUUCAAGCAUUUACUUUUAGUAAAAGAACCAACCAACUAAAUAUAUACCUGUCCCUUACACAUUACCCCCUUCCUUCGCAUUACUUUUUCUUCUUUCAAUCCCUUUUCUUCUUCAUUUUUAAAGCUCGCCAAUUGGCCAAAAAAUUUAUUUUAUUUUAUUUAACAAUCUCCAUUGUUGU